AGUCAGUGGUUGUCACUGGACUGGUCACAUUCUAGCACAAGCUCUCCUUCCUUGCUGGCAGGACUCUGUUGAAUAGGCAUCCCUUCAUCUGGGAUGAGCACACCCAGGCCCUCAGCUAAGCAAUGUGGUGUCUUAAGUAAUAGAAUCUCAUCAUCUAGUUCUGGUGGGCAACCAAGAGGACUGGCAAGAGUCUGGACUGUCUUGGAGGCAUAUGGAAGCUCCCUGCCUAACAAUUCUUAAGGAGGCACUUUGAAUUGCUGUCUUUUUACAGCAUGGACACCAGGUUGUUAACAGCUUGCUUUGGGACUUCCAGUAACUUCAUUUUUGGGGAUUUUAUGACAGAUUUGCUAGUGGCUCCUUUUUGUGAGUUGAUGUUCUGAAGUUCCUGUCACAAUGAGUUCAGGCCUAUGGAGCCAAGAGAAGGUUACUUCACCUUCCUGGGAAGAACGGAUUUUUUAUCUGCUUCUUCAAGAAUGCAGUGUAACAGACAAACAGACACAGAAACUCCUAAAAGUACCCAAAGGAAGUAUAGGACAGUGCAUCCAAGACCGUUCUGUGGGGCAUUCAAGAGUUCCUUCUGCAAAAGGCAAGAAAAGUCAGAUUGGAUUACAAAUCUUAGAGCAACCACACGCAGUUCUCUUUGUUGAUGAAAAGGAUGUUGUAGAAAUCAAUGAGAAAUUUACAGAGUUACUGUUGGCAAUUACCAACUGUGAGGAGAGGCUCAGCCUAUUUAGAAACAGAAUUCGACUAAGUCAAGGCCUCCAGGUAGACGUGGGCAGCCCUGUGAAGGUACAGCUGCGAUCUGGGGAAGAGAAAUUUCCAGGAGUUGUACGCUUCAGAGGACCUUUAUUAGCGGAGAGGACAGUUUCGGGGAUUUUCUUUGGAGUAGAAUUGCUGGAAAAAGGUCGUGGCCAAGGUUUCACUGAUGGGGUAUAUCAAGGGAAACAGCUUUUUCAGUGUGAUGAAGACUGUGGCGUGUUUGUGGCAUCGGACAAGCUGGAGCCCAUAGAAGAUGAUGACACCAAAUUGGAAAGUGAUUCUGCAGCUCCGGGGGAUAAAAUGCAGACUGAACCUCCCCCUUUAGAAAUAAAGUCACGAGUUUCACUGGAAGUUGGGGGAAGUGUGGAAUCUGGAAGAGUAAUAUUCUGUGAUGUUUUGCCAGGAAUAGAGAGUCUAGGAUAUUUUGUUGGUGUGGACAUGGAUAACCCUAUUGGCAACUGGGAUGGAAGAUUAGAUGGAGUACAACUUUGUAGUUUUGCGAAUGUUGAAACUACAAUUCUUCUGCACAUCAAUGAUAUCAUUCUAGGUAUGUCUCCUUUAUGUACUCAGAAGAUAGUUUCUCAUGUAUUUUGUUAUGAGAAUGCAAAUUUAUACUAAAGAUGGAUCUUUUGAAGUUGGCUUUAUAUUGUAGAAUUGUCAUUAAUAGACUAUUCUUUCUUUUCUCCCGAACCAAGGCAAUAAAGGUUAUUUCUAAAAAGUAUGUAAGUAUAGUGAAGUUUAUACAUUAUCUCUUACAUUGUCUUCUCCAAGACAUUCUAAUAAAGAAAGAAAUCCUGUCUUGCAGUUGGAGGGUUCAAAAAUACAAAAAAUGUUGUCUCUUGGAGUAAGCGAUGAAGCUAGAAGCUUUUAAAAAAAUUGGUUAUCUCAUCUAAACUCCACAGAGGAUUCAGGAUUCUUAUUAAAUGAUGGCUGAAGUUCCUUUUGUUGUUUUAAAUUAUUUUUUCAUUUAUUUUACAUCCUGAUCUGAGUUUUCCCUCCCUUCUCUCCUCUUGUUCUCCCCACCCGCCGGCCCUGGUUGCCUCCCCUCUGCUUCUGUUCAGAGAGCUUUUUUUAGUCCCUGAAUUUCUUAUUUCAUAGAAACGGAAACUGAAGGCUCCUAACCUGCAUUCUGCCCUUCCUGUCUACCUGUUGGUAUCAAGUCAUAAAUUAAUUAUUCUACAGUUUGAACAUGCUUCCCACGCAGCUUUUAGUUUUGUAGCAAGAGUCAUGAGGUUCAUAUGACAGCUUUACUUCAGUUCUGCUCUGAAAAAAUCUGACAUACUUUACUUUUGAUUUCUCUUAAGAUAUAUUUGUUAUUGAGAAUUUCUAUGCAUGCAUAUAAUAUAUUUUGAUUAUAAUACCCCCC